CCUCCUCUUCUGAACCUGGAUCUCCUGCUGUCUCUGCUGGACCCUGGUCCAUCCUGGAGUCCCAAGAGUCUCCUCCUCCUCCUCUCGGUCCUGCUGUCUCCGUUAGAUCCUGAUCCUGGAGUCCCGGGUGUCUCGGCUCGGCGCCCUCCUGCAGGGUUUGGGGGGGUCGUCGGGGAGCUCGUCUCGGUUCUUGCCGGGCUUUGUGACUACUUCGGGGGACUCUCAUGGCGGCUCAGAGCGGAGGGAGAGACGGGGGUCCACGCGGUCCCGGAUGCCGGUGAUGCGAGGUCUGAUCGCUCCGCAGAACACCUUCCUGGACACCAUCGCCACGCGCUUCGAUGGAACCCACAGUAACUUCGUCCUGGGUAACGCUCAGGUCCAGUCCGUCUACCCCAUCGUUUAUUGUUCCGAUGGUUUCUGUGAGCUCAGCGGCUUCGCUCGGGGUGAGCUCAUGCAGAAGAGCUGCACAUGUCACUUCCUGUACGGCAGCGACACCAGCGAGCGAAUCACAGCGCAGAUGCAGACAGCUCUGGAUGAACGCCGGGAGUUCAAGACGGAGAUCAUCCUGUACAAGAAGAGCGGCUCCAGGUUCUGGUGUCUUCUGGACAUCGUUCCUAUAAAGAACGAGAAGAGCGAGGUGGUUCUGUUCCUGGUUUCUCAUAAGGACAUCACAGAGAACAAAGAUCUGGACCACAACAAUGAGUCUGGACCUGAUGAGGAAACUGGUCUGCAGGUGCACCAGGUCAACCGUCCUCCAGGCUUCAACAGAGAGCGCCGCCGCAGUCGAGCAGUCCUCUACCAGCUGUCGGGACAUCUGCAGAGACAGGACAAGAGCAAGAGCAAGCUCAAGAUCAACAACAGCGUUCUUGGAGCCAACGCCACCCCGAUCCCGGAGUACAAGGUGGCUGACAUCCAGAAGUCCCGCUUCAUCCUGCUUCACUACGGUGCAUUCAAGGCUGGCUGGGACUGGCUGAUCCUGUUGGCGACCUUCUACGUGGCGGUGACAGUGCCGUAUAAUGUCUGCUUCACGGCAGUGGAGGUCAGGGAGGACGGAGCGUCGACGGCUAGAAGCCCCCCCAGCGUGAGCGACAUCCUGGUGGAGAUCCUCUUCAUCAUGGACAUCGUCUUGAACUUCCGUACGACCUUUGUCAGCUCGUCAGGCCAGGUGGUGUACGACUCCCGCUCCAUCUGCGUCCACUACGUCACCUCAUGGCUGUUCGUUGACCUGAUGGCCGCCCUCCCCUUCGACCUGCUGUAUGCCUUCAACAUCAGCGUGAAUUUUGGCGUUCACCUCCUGAAAACAGUGCGUCUACUUCGCCUGCUUCGGCUGCUUCAGAAACUGGACCGGUACUCGCAGUACAGCGCCGUGGUCCUGACCCUGCUCAUGUCCACCUUUGCCCUGCUCGCUCACUGGAUGGCGUGUGUCUGGUACUUCAUUGGACGCAGCGAGAUUGAGAGGAACAGCCCCGCCUCCUGGGACAUAGGCUGGCUCCAUGAACUCGCCAAACGUCUUGGCACACCUUACUUCCUGUCCCCUCUGUCCUCUCUGUUUGGAGUGUCCGACCUGCUGCCGGUUUCCAAUCACAGCCGCUGGAACGGGUCAGAGUCCUUGGAUGGGGUCUCUGGGUUUCAGUGGAACAGCACUAGGACCAGAUCAAGGACUCUGAAUGGGUCGGGGGCGACUCUGAGCGGCGGUCCGUCUAUCAGGAGCUCGUACGUGACAUCGCUGUACUUCGCUCUGAGCAGUCUGACCAGCGUGGGCUUCGGAAACGUAUCGGCUAACACAGACUCUGAGAAAAUCUUCUCUAUCUGCACCAUGCUCAUCGGAGCGUUGAUGCAUGCCGUGGUGUUUGGUAACGUCACCGCCAUCAUCCAGAGGAUGUACUCUCGCCGUUCGCUCUAUCACACUCGAACCAAAGACCUGAAGGACUUUAUCAGGGUGCACCGGCUACCCAAAGCCCUUGAGCAACGUAUGAUGGAGUGUUUCCAAACCACAUGGGCUGUUAACAACGGUAUCGACGUCAGUGAGCUGCUGAAAGACUUCCCCGACGAGCUGCGGGCCGACAUCGCCAUGCACCUGAACCAGGAGCUCCUGCAGCUGCCGCUCUUCGAGUCAGCCAGCAGGGGGUGCCUGCGCUCGCUGUCCCUCAUCAUCAGGACGUCCUUCUGCGCUCCAGGCGAGUUCCUGAUCCGACAGGGGGACGCUCUUCAGGCCAUCUACUUCGUCUGCUCGGGCUCCAUGGAGGUGCUGAAGGACAAUACUGUUCUCGCCAUUCUGGGCCGGGGUGAUCUGAUUGGCUGUGACUGUCUGACUCAGGAGGAGGUGAUAAAGACAAACGCCUGUGUGAAAGCACUGACGUACUGCGACCUCCAGUUCAUCAGUCUGAGGGGGCUGAGGGAGGUUCUGAGUCUGUAUCCGGACUACGCCGCCAAGUUCAUCGCUGAGAUUACACAUGACCUCACCUACAACCUACGGGACACGCACAAUGAUCAGGUCGAUGAGGAGACAGUGAAGAAGCUCCCGUCUAUCAUAGAGGAUGAAGAAGGCUCGGGAUCUGAGGGGGAGCGCUCUCCCCUACCACCGGUGCCUCCCCCGGGUCGGUUAGGUCGAGGUCUACGCUCCCCACUCCGCUCCCCUCUGCGUUCCCCUCUCCUACCUCCCAGGACCCUAAGACUGGGAGGUGAUGCCACGAGACCCCCCAGCAGUCUGCAGGUCCCUGUGGUGAGCUACGGUGGCCUGCAGGGGGAGCUCUCACCUCGGUUUGUAGACGGCGUCGAGACAGAAAGUCAAAGCGGUUCAGCUCAAAACUUUGAUUUUUCUCCAAGUGUGACGCACAGUUUCCCCCCCAGCCCUUAUUCACCCACACCAGCUUUCUGUGAAGAAGCUGAAACUCUGCAGACCAUCAGCAAGCUCAAACAAGAGAUGGCUGUCCUGUCCCAGCAGGUGAGCGUCGUCACUCAGGAGCUGCAGGAAGUGACCAGUCUCCUCAAACCGCUCUUCAGCAACGCCUCCACCCUCAUCGUACCUGAUGCUGUUACUCCGCCCCCCAGCUGUUCCCCAGCCCCGCCCCUUCUCACCCAGCAUGAGGAUCCUGACUCCGCCUCUCUGCAUCCGAAGAGUCUACAGGAAGAGUUUGAUCCUCUUCAGAGUUUAACAAUUUCAAGCCCCGCCCCUCAAGUAGGUCAUAGCCCCGGGGUUUCAGUCUAUCAUCGCUCGGCCCCUGCCUCUCUCAGCAGCUCACCCAGUCAGCCCACAACGGAGCCCCCUCCCUCCUCUUCUUUUUCUCUAUCUCCUCAGUUAGUGGACUCUGAUAGGGCUAAGGCUAGAUCCUUCUCCUAGACCUGCACCGGCUGUUGCAGGUGGAAAGGAGGUAGAUUCAAGGCUCUGAUCUGGGCCUUAUCAUGGACAGGACUCAUGAACACAUAAGGACCAGACAGAGGGAAUAAACAAGCAUGAAGCACUCAAACUGCAUGAAGAUGUUUAGCAUGAAAUUAUGUUCAAAUGUAAAUAAAUUAAUUUAAGACUGUUUGAAACAAUCUGCUGUUCAGUUAAAAUGUAAAUAAAUUAAUAACGACUGUUAACUAUUCAAUGAUGAUAAGGGGCUGUUAACA